GUCAGCCAAACAUAUUAAGGUCUUGCAGUAUCACGGUGAGAUUUUCUGUAGGCUACGUUAUGAGAAGACGUUAACGAUAUACAACGAAGUUUGAUUAACUGUUUUUGUUUUCAUUUGUAAUGUCUUCGUCAGAUUUCAAAACACUUGUACAAAGAUUUUACGCCCUUCAAGAGGAACGCGUGGAGGCUUACAAGUUGUUCAAUGAGGGUCAUGAGGCUUACUUGAGGACUGGCCCCCACUACGACUUUGACCACUACAAACAGCUGGUCCAUGAGAUAACCAAAGCCUUCUCUGGUAUUUCUAAAGAAAUGCUGCACAUUAAAGACCAGCUGGACCAAGACUUUGACCGCUCAGACCUCGCAGAGCACAUGGACCAGCUACAGAACAAGGAGAAAGUCAAGCUUGAGCUGACUGCUAAGCUGCAGCUGGCCAAGCAGACAGCCCAGGACCACCCAGAUGACCAAGGCUGCCAGGAGAAAGUCCAGGAGAUCAGACAAGACAUCGUUAAGAACCAGCAGGCGUUGAGCGAGAUCCUGCAGGACUUCAAGUAUGACUCCGAAGAGCCUGAAUGAGGGAGGGGGAAACGUAACACCUAGAGAGCGAGAGAGUGAAGCAAUGAGCAAGAGGCGAUCUCUGGAUGCUUCAGGGGGGGAGAAGGGGGGUGUCCGCGGAUGUGAGGAGGGGUGAGAGGAGCUCGGCAGCCACAGCACUGACACUGACUGAUGCAGUGGUCCCCCACCACUUCUCCUCUCGUUCAGCAUGAAUUAUUGAUUGCUCUCUGGACUGUCUGCUUGCGGAGGCUUGACUGCUGAUGCCUCUCUAAUCGGGCCUCUCACCCAGUGAGAAGUGGCUGUGGAAGACACUCCUGGACACACGCUGAGUGGGCCAGUAUUGAUGUAUAUAAGUACUUAUUUUUGUGGGAUAUGUACACUCAGGCUCCAUAAACAGCUCUGGAAAACAUCAUCUCAGAAAUCGGAAGCUGCCUUGGGCCUGCAGUAAAAUGUUAAUAUUGAUGUACACCUUGACCGCUCACAGAGGGUUUUUUUUAUUAUUAUUAUUAUUUUUAGCCUGCCUGCCUACUUCUCAGUUGUUUAUACACCAUUUGUAGAAUCAUUACCUGCUAAAACCAUCCUUGUUAUCUUCACAAAGUCAGAUCUCAGAAUGCUGCCUUGAUUCAUGUCACAUUAUUUCACGUAGCCUAAUUCACCUUCUUACAGAGAGUGUAUAAUGAAUUGAUGAUAUAAAUGUCAUGGGAAUUCUUGGAUCAUCAUUUGACAAUUUGAAUAAAAUGGAAGUUGAAUUGCA